AAGAGAGGACAAAAAAAAGAAGAAGAAGUCAAGAGGGAGACAAAAGCACAGCACUCCUCUCCCCCUCCCCACUCUCCUCCUUCCACCUUCGCCAUCUCCACGGAGCUUCCCAUGAUGCCCCACCGCUAAACCCUAAAUCCCGAGCUCCCGUCCCCCUCCUCCUCCUCCUCCUCCCUCCCUCGCCGUAGCUUCGGGUAGAUUCUUCCCGCACGAGGAGCGCGAGCUCGACGACGGAGCCCGAAACCCAGAUGCUUGCGAACUAGGAACGGGAGGAAGACCAGCAGCCUCAGCCUCGGCCCGGCUCGGAUCACUUCGCAUUCAUGGCAGCAUCUUGAAAGCCCCGACGCGGGAAAACGCGGAGGCGAGAAGAAGCUCGAUUUUUUUUUUUUUUUUGGCUUUCAGAAUGAUCAGCGGUUCCCACGGCGAUGCAGCAGCAGGCUUCCUCUGCACCCGCCGCCUCCUCGCGUCCUGACAAUCCCUCUCCUCCUCCUGCUUCGUCCGCCUCCGCCGUCAAGCGAUCCCCCGCCGCCACGCCGACCGCGCCGCCGUCUCUGGCCCCUCUGUCCUCCGCCCCGCACCGCCGCGAUGCCGCCGGUGGGCCCGCCCCGCCGCCCCUGCUCGCGGCGGCGCAUCCUCCCGGGGCCGAGGCCGCUGUGACCUCCCCUAUGGCGAGGGUGCGGCUCUCCGACAUCGCGCCCUACGAUGGGGCUCCGGCUGGGCCCUACCUCAGGGCGGUGGAGGCUCUGUCCGGGUCGCUCACGCGGCACAACGCGGCGGUGAUUGAGCUGGGACCGGAGGAUGCUGCGUUGAUGCGGUGCGGCUUGGAGGCCGCGAAGUUGUACUUGAGGACGAGGUCCCAGGCUCCGGCCGCUGGUAAAGGGAGUCCUCGCGGGGUUUACUUGUACAGGGCUGGGAGGCCUAUAGAGGAUGGGGAUUCAUCUCCCCCUUGCAUGGGCGAAAUUUUUAAGUGCAUGGGAAAAGUUGCUCGGGCUGCCCUUUGUGCGAUAGCAAGACAUCUCCGGUUGCGAAGCGAUGCAUUUAAUCAUUUACUGGAUGAUGUCCCAUUGCCUGCUAAUGAGGUGUCUUCAUCAGUGCUUCUUGCAUCGUACUCACCCAACACAUUGCAAAAUGGGAAAAUCACCAUUAGCGGAGGGAAGCUGAGUGUCAAUGCAGAGGUUGAGAAGGGACUUCUGACAUUAAUUUCCUCGGAUAAUCCUGGUGUACAGGUUUUUGACCCCAAUGGCCGUUGGUACCUAGCAGAUGGUGGGUCGUCUUUUGGAGAUCUGUUAUUGGUGACUGGGAAGGCACUUAGUCACAUUACUGCUGGGCUUCGUCCUGGUGCAUUGCAUAGGGCUGCACCAGAUUGCUUUGCCGGCUCUUUUGGUGGUGGGAGGACAUCAUUGGCUUUUAGGCUCAUGCCUCAGAGCAAUGCUGUAUUAGAUUGUUCUCCCAUAGCAGCUGCAGGUCAUGUCAUUCCUCAAAGCUAUGUACGAGUAUCAGUCAGCCAGUUUAUGGACGACCUUUCUGCUGAGGAGGAUGCAUUGUGCCCCAACCCUGAGAAUGUUUGUGUACCCGGAAAUAAUUCAAAUAAGGAACCAACGUUAAGAAGUGUCCUCUCUGAUCCUAUAUCUGGUGCAUUCCUUGAAGAUGCUGUGGUUGUCUCAUGCGGCCAUUCAUUUGGUGGUUUCAUGCUAAAAAGAGUGAUUGAGACGUCAAGAUGUACACUCUGCAGUGCAGAAAUUAAGGGGAAUACUUUCAUUCCGAAUCAUGCUCUUAGAGCUGCAGCUGCAGCUGUAAAGCUUGAGGAUGAUAGAAGACUCUUCCAUAAUGCACAGCUCCGCAAGAGAAGAAAAGAGAUGGGCGAUCAAGCUGAUCCAAUGAGAAGAUCUCACAGGGAAAAUGGGGAGAGUGGUGCUGAUAAUGGGCUUCAUAAAGGGGUCCAAUAUCCAUUUAUGGUAAACGAGAAAGUUCUGAUAAAGGGGAAUAAGAGGACACCAGAAAAAUUUGUUGGUAAGGAAGCAAUCAUCACAUCCCAAUGUCUUAAUGGCUGGUACUUGCUGAAAAUUAUUGAAAGUGGAGAAAAUGUUCGCCUCCAAUACCGAUCUCUUGAGAAGAUCCCAAACUCCAAUUCCAUUGAUGACAGAUGUCCAUCUCAAAUUCAGAAUGGCAGCUCAUAAUUUUUCUGUAUCAGGUGCUUGCUAAAGAUUCCAGCAAAGUAGAGGAAGAUUUUGGCCUGCAAUACCAUCCUGGAGAAGAUCCUGAUGGUCAAGCUCUGAUGAUGACAUCUAUUCUGCUCCUCUUCAAUGAUUCAGAGCGGCGGGUCAUUUUUUCUAACCCUGAAAUUUCUGUAGGUCCUAUUAGAUUUUGGAUUCCUAUAGUGCAUAAAGUUUUAAGUACAUCAUGGUGGUCGAGCUCCAUUAGGGAUAAUUUGCAAUCUGCUCCGUGUAUGUCAAAUGUAUUUCGUGUCGCAUGUGUGUUUUGCCAGAGGAAAAAGGUCAUCUGAAGCCGAGAACUCGUGUCAGGUGUUUGUAUAUUCCCUUCACAUGUAUGUGUAGGUUUACUGGAGGAAAGGUCGCUCUUUAGGUGUUACAUUAGUCAGAUGUAGAUUCAGUAGUUGUGCGUCGCCAUGUAGCUUUACAGAAAGUUUCCAAUGUGAAGCGCUCGUUGCUCAAUGCGGUGCUUCAUAGACAUAUGACUGAAUGUCGUGAAAUGGCAUGCUUCUAUUCAAUUUUGUGAUAUAGAUUAUUUUCUUCAA